UCGCUUUUGAUGCAUUAAAACCCCGUCUUCCAAGCAACAAAAUACACACUCUCGCCCUCUCUCUCUGCCUAAUCCAAUCCCUUUGCUUUCUUUUUCUUUCUCUCUUUCUCGCAAGUUUCUCUGUUUACGGCGGUGUUGCUGAGAAAAAACAAAGGUUGUUGAGAGAACAAUGAUGCGGCGGAGUGUAAUCGCUCCGGUCACCGACUUCACGACGGAUGACAUUGACGCCGCCGACGUCUUGCUCAUGCUCUAUUUACCGCGAGUGUUCCUCAAGGUCGAGAGAUGGGCCGUGAAGAGAAGGAGAUCUUCCUGGAGUUCAAUGCAAUCUUUCCGUCGUGGGGUCACUGGGUCUGGUGGGGUGGCUCUCAAGUGUGAGGCGGAAGGUGCACCGGCGGCCAAGGCCGAUUCCUUGAGUCCAGCGGUCAAGGCAGAGGCUUUGAUUCCGGCGGACAAGGCAGAGGCUUUGAUUCCGGCGGACAAGGCGGAGGCUUUGAGUCCGGCGACCCCUCUUUCCUUCCCGCCUAGUAGCGAAUCGGACGAGAAGCCGAAGCAAGACCUGCAAAGAAAAUUCCCUCAGAAAAGGAAGAGAGAGGAGUGGAUGGUGAUUAUUGACGGAUUAAAUCAAGACAGGGCUUUGCUAAAAGAGGAAAUUGAGAAUAUGAGACGUAAUUGCGACAACGUGAGAGCUUUCAAUUUGGAGUUGAAGGCGAAGUUAAGCUCUGGCCCCUGUUUGGAAACUGGUAAAAUUGGUGCAGAAAAUAAAGAUUCGGAUCAGAUUGGUCAGCUGCACCCCUUGUUGCCAUCUAGCAAUGGAUCUGGCAUGGCCCACAGCAAUAUGGGUCCAUCUGGUCUUCCUGAUCUCAACAUCUCUGCAGAAGGAACGAUCGGGAUUGAGUCUUCCGGACCGGUUGAUCUCAACGUGGCCAACAAGAAUUUGGGUCGGGCUAUGGCACUGGCUGCUCAAGCCAGACACAGGAGGAUGCUGAUUCGCAGGAUCAAGAAAAUUCAAGUCUCCAAUAACACGACGCAUAGAUGAGAUUUUAGAUUUUACUGUAUUAGCCUAUUAAUAUUGUUAAUUAGGUUUUGUCUUUUGAGGGAAGAUUUUGCUAAUCUUUCUUUUUUUUUUUCUUUUUUUUUUUUUUAAUUUUUUAAUUUUUAGGCAAUAUUUGUUGAUUGGCUAUCUGGAUGUAAAUUGGGAUAGCUCCAUAAUUUUUGGUCUAUUGAAGGAAGGUUUCUAUAAUGAGAUGGUUAUUGAGGA